CUUUUUUUCGGCCUAAACCAUCAAUCACCAAACCCUCUAUCAUGGUGAAACGAGGCCGGCCCUCACUCAACUUGACGCCCGAAGAGCGCGUCCAGCGGCGGCGGCUGCAACUUGUUGCGUCCCAACGAAAGCGCAGGGCCCAUAAACGCCUCGCCCAGCAGCCCAAGGCCGCGACGGAAACUCCCGACUCGCUCCCGGUGAGGCCGGAGGAGGAGGCGCUUUGUCAGUUUUACGAUGCCAUGUUCCGGGAUGGUGACGCAACCAAUGCCGUUCGCAAGAUGCCCGCGUCGCAUCCUCACGCGCCGCUCACAGUCUGCCACAACUGCGGAUCGGCUCCUCUGGACAUGGCCGCCCUGACUGCGGUCGUGUCCGCUCAUUCACCGGCAAGUCUUAUGAGGACUUCCAUGCUUAGAACAGAUACUCAUGCUCCAUCCUCCAGACUCGCCGGCCCAAUGCCAUCCUCAAUAUGGGAUGAAUACCCAUCCACGACCGAGCCCGACGAACCGGGCAUCGACCAAAGCUUCUUCACCGAUGAGCACCUUGCGCAGGCGUACAGCGGCAUGCUCGACUCGUUGGUGCCACCUGGCAUCGGCCUAGACGGCACCUCGUUGCUGGGCGGAUCAACUCCAACCUCCAAUCCGGAGGGAGUCAGCACGCCAGCCUCUGCCAAGGAGGAUAAUGUCUUUCUGCUGGGCCGAUUCAGUACGGUAGACAACGAAUGGAUGCCAACAAAUAGCAACGAGACACCAUACGGCUAUGAAAAGGCCCUCGCAUCCCGGCGGCCACCGUCUCCAUCUCCCGACGCGACUGGUCCAACGUUAUCUGGUGGUGGUGCCGAUCUUUUACCGCCAUGGGCGGGAACUAGACAAGCAAUAUUCAUGGGACUCUAACGCAAUCGGAGCUUGAAUUUCUGAAUCUUGACGACCCUGUCCGUUGCGAACUGCGGGCGAACUGCAGAUGAUCUGAUAAAAUUGUUUUAUAUGUAUAUACAAGAAGCAUGUUAUAUGAGCGCAGCGUUCAUUUACUAUGGCGUUUAGGGAGGAUGCUACUGUGGGGCCUGGGUUUUGCCAUCACGGAUUCAUCAAUUGACAAGUCGGAAAUAAAGGGAACGGAAGCCUGAUUUCUUCCACACGCACUGGUUGCCGUCGCUCUGCUAGCACCAAAGCAGAGGCUAUUUUUAGGCGCGUGACGGCUUAGACACGGCAUACCAGUAAUACGGAACGGGCGUUGUCGGGGCACAGUACGGUGCACGGUAUCACACAUAUUACACACGCUAUUUAGAUUCUCAUUUAGCUAUAAUGAAUUGUUACCGGAGACCGUUAUUGGUCUGUCGGC